AUGGAAGACCUUCCAGCUAUCAGUGUCACUGAACAGAAUCCUUUUUGUGUGGAAAUGAUGAAACGGCUCAACAUACAACGAAAACAAGGCCACUUAUGCGACAUAACUUUGAUUACGAAAGAUGAUCAAGAGCUAAAGGCUCACAGAAAUAUCCUUUCUGCAGCGAGUCCGUUCUUUUACAAGCUUCUUCAGAGCGAUAUGAAAGAAAAUCGGGAAGGGAUCGUUCGGUUCGAGGAGAUUUCGGGAUCUGUUAUGGAAGAUGUUUUGGAAUUCAUCUAUACUGGAACUGUAGAGGUUACUGAAGAAAAUGCCGAAGAGCUGGUCGUCGCUACAAAUUAUCUCCUCGUUCCAAAUUUGAAAACAAUCUCUGGUCGAUUUAUACAACAACAAAUGUGUGAGUUAAACUGCAUUUCCACCUUCUACUUCGCCGAGAAAUACGAUUGUGAAGAGCUUUUAAACGACAGCAAGAGUUUUAUUCACGCGAACUUCAGGUCUGUAGCAGACAUGGGUGAAUUCCUAAGUUUGGAAGCCAAAGAGGUGGAGAGAUGGAUUUCAAGUGAUGAGAUUGUUGUCGAAACAGAAGCCAAUGUUUUCCAGAUUGCGAAAAAGUGGGUUGAACAUAACAAGAGCGAGCGGAAAGCAGCCUUUGUAGAGCUGCUUCGUCACGUUCGACUGGUUUUCGUAUCGCGUGAUUAUUUGUUGAAUGUCGUGACAAACGAACUCGUGCGUGACAACGCUGGUUGUUUGAGGCUGGUCUCAGAUGCCAUAAGACAGACUACGUUUUCAAGCGAUGACGACCUUCCCCAGUCCCCAAGAAAAGGGCUUGACACGCGUGCUAUCGUGGCUUGUGAAGGAGAAUACGCCUUUUGUUAUUUCCCUCAGAGAGAUGAGUGGAAAAUCUUACCUACAUGUAACAGGUCAACUAAAGAACGGAGGACCAACAUCCCUUCAACCCACAUGAUUAGAUUUCGUGAUCAGUUAUUCAUGUUUAGUUUCUUCGAUCGAGUAGAGAGGUAUGAUCCUGUCUUUAAUGGUUGGUCAUCAUUCCCCUCUGGCGUAUGUAAGGACAAGGUGACUGUCAUCGGAGGAGAGUUAUUUUCUAUCAGUGAAACUAUUUAUUUCAGUUUUGUAGACAGAAAAAUAUUAACCAUUGAAAAGUUCCAGGUAGAGACAUGUUCAUGGCAAGAGCUUCACUCCUCUUCUCAGUGCUACAGGAAAGAUUCUUGUUUCAUUGGAUCUGAUAACUUUUUGUAUCUUUUGGGUGGGACGUCCCCACAUACAUUCCAACAUGUUGCAAAAGCUGACAGAUUUGACAUCACGGAAAAGAAAUGGGAAGAAAUCACAGACAUGCAACAAGCAAGAGGUGGGGCUUUUGGUGUGGCCGGUCAGGAAAAGAUUUUUAUCGCUGGAGGAACAGAUGAAGAAAGUACAGUGUCGAAAACAUGCGAGGUGUACAAUGUUUCCACAAAUGAAUGGCAGUUAAUUGCAGACUUGAAUGUUUACCGCACACAUGGUAGUAUGGUUUGUCUUGGUGGAACAUUGUAUGUGCUGGGUGGCUUUGACCAAACUAAGAAAAACCCAGAACAUUCAGUUGAAUGUUAUGACAAACAGGGCAAGUGGGUUGUGAAGACAACCAUACCAGUGAAAGAGGACUGGAAGAAUAAAAAGGCAUUUAAAGGCUGUGUGCUCAAGUUCUCCAUAGGAGUGCUGAAUAAACUUGCUGAUGCAGUUGAAGAGGUCCAUAAACCGCAAUAA